UUCCAUUGGGGCUGAUUAUUCAGCUCUGUCUCUGGAAGAAGGAUAUUGAAAAGUACAUUGUGAGAGAGAUGCAGAAAGCUGUGGGUCAGGCAAACACAAUCCUCGGUGAAGAGAAGCUGUUAAUGGGCUGUCGGUCCAAUUCAAAAAUCUACCUGGUGUAUGUUUCUCUAGAUGGUUGCAAAGAUGAGUUUGCGGCAACCUUUUCUGAGCAGGUCGGUGCUGAGGACAUGUUUCACAGAGCUAUGACCUUCUUUUCGUCAGGUUACGCCUGCUGCCUCGCUAAAAGACACUUUCCUUUUCCUCAGCCCAGCUCCACUGGUCACCUGGAGGGAGGAGUGUGUUUCUGCCAGUACAUCUCCCAGCAGCUCAGCAGGGGAGAAUGGACAUAGGGAGGAAGAAUUUACAAAUUUAACAGAAUGCAUUCAUUGUCCAAUAUGUCAGAUAAAUUGUCUCAAAAAAUCUCAUUACUAUUUAACACCAAUUAUCAUGCACUCCCCCCAUAAUCCUGAUACACCAGCAACCUGCUGACUUGCAGAGUGAGUGGAGUCAGAUGAGCCACUGAGAGCUGUUAAAGGGGAAGUGACCUAAGUCAUGUAAGAAGCCUUUGGCACAGUUGAACUGAUUCUGUCCCUUUAACUAAACCGAAAGCAGAACAGGGCAAGUUUUCUUUUUCUGCACUUCCUGAGUUUAGGUUCCACUUGUUUCUCAUCCACACAGUGCGACUACUCUUCCUCGCUGUAUCAUCAAUUGAGUUUUCAAUAGAUAAUGGAGCCAAUGAGUUCACAGGAGACAGUAGACAGUCAGCCACAUUCUGCUGUCUCACUGUCUCCCAAUGUUCCUCCUGCACUGAGAGGUGCUGAGAGUUACCAUGUCUUCAUUAGCUACAGCAGCUCUGACCACCAAUGGACCCACUCCAUCAUCAGGCAGCUGGAGUCCUGUGGCCUGUACGUCUGCUACCACGAGCGUGACUUCACCCCCGGCCGCACCGUGCUGGAGAACAUGUCCCAGUGCAUCCAGGAGAGCCAGAAGGUGCUGCUGGUUCUCAGCCCAGAGUUUGUGAGGAGCCGCUGGUGUCUCCUGGAGGCCAACAUGUCUUUGUUCAGAGACUGUCUGGAGAGGAAGCCCAUCAUCCCAGUGCUGCUGCAGCCGGACGUCUCAGUUCCUCUCCACCUCUGCCACCUCACCUACCUGGAGGCCAACGACCCCGACUUAAGGAGUAAGCUGCUCAAAGUGCUGUGCACCCCAAACCAGCAGCUUCAAAGCUCCACUGUGAUGCCCUUCCAGCCUCCCUCUAUCUACAAUGGGAAGGCCCUGCAGCCUUUGAUAGCUGCCAAUGAUGAGGGUCUCAAUAAAUGGGAUUGUGGUCAGUUCAGUGACAUGGAGGUGCCAGACCAACUGCGUCUGAUCAUUGAGGACCAGGAGAAGUAUCGUGAAGCUUUGAGGAUCAUCAACAGCGUCUCUCAAGAUAAAGUGUGGCUCCGCCAACUCUGGCUUAGAGCAGUGAUGUACAUUAUUGGUGUAACAGUGUUUUUAGGCCUCAUAGCUUUUUCUUUAUAUAUUUUCGCAAUUAUAUAUAGAGAUGAUUGUAUCACAAACCCAGGCCAACCACCAUUAUGUUUUGUCAGUAUCUUUAGUAUCUUCAGUGUUCCUUUGGGGCUGAUUAUUCAGCUCUGUCUCUGGAUGAAGGAUGAUGAAAAGUACAUUGUGAGACAGAUGAAGAAAGCUGUGGGUCAGGCAAACAUAAUCCUCGGUGAAGAGAAGCUGUUAAUGGGCUGUCGGUCAAAUUCGAAAAUCUACCUCGUGUAUGUUUCUCUAGAUGGUUGCAAAGAUGAGUUUGCAGAAACCUUUUCUGAGCAGGUUGGUGCUGAGGACAUGUUUCACAGAGCUAUGACCUUCUUCUCAUCAGGUUAUGCCUGCUGCCUGGCUAAAAGACACUUUCCUUUUCCUCAGCCCAGCUCCACUGGUCACCUGGAGGGAGGAGUGUGUUUCUGUCAGUACGUCUCCCAGCAGCUCAGCAGGGGAGAAUGGACAUAGGGAGGAAGAAUUUAAAAAGAAGUUUAGGCUUUCAAUUUAUUCGAAUAUCUACCACAGAGUGUAACCUGCUUGGCACAAGUUUUACCAAGUCGCAGAUAUAUAUAACUAUAUCUAGACUCACAUGCAAUGAAGCAGUUGAGUACCCAAUAACAUUAUUGGACCAGUCCAUCCCUUACAAAUUCACACUAACACAGAGAUACCUUUAGGUUUAACCGCAGUGUUUUAUUGAGUCUUUUUCCUUCCUUUGUCUGUUACCAAUUUCAAGUUAUAACAAUAAACACACAUA